GAUGCUGCCCACCACCUCCGUGGGGGCCCGCAGUCAGGGCAACGGCGCGCUCAGCCCCCGCGAUGCGGCGCGGCACACGGCCGGGGCCAAGCGGCACAAGUACCUGCGGCGGCUGCUCCACGUGCGGCAGAUGGACUUCGAGUUCGCUCUGUGGCAGAUGCUGUACCUGUUCACCUCCCCGCAGCGGGUCUACAGGAACUUCCACUACCGGAAGCAGACCAAGGACCAGUGGGCGCGGGACGACCCCGCCUUCCUGGUGCUCCUCAGCGUGUGGCUCUGCGUGUCUACUGUAGGAUUUGGAUUUGUGCUGGACAUGGGGUUUUUUGAAACGAUAAAGUUGCUGCUUUGGGUCGUAUUCAUAGACUGCGUAGGUGUUGGUCUCCUGAUAGCAACUCUGAUGUGGUUCAUUUCUAACAAGUACUUGGUAAAGCAGCAGAACAGAGACUAUGAUGUGGAGUGGGGAUAUGCCUUUGACGUUCAUCUGAAUGCCUUCUACCCACUCUUGGUCAUUUUGCAUUUUAUCCAGCUGUUUUUCAUCAACUAUGUCAUCAUACCUAAUUCAGUCAUUGGAUAUUUUGUUGGGAACACAUUAUGGCUGAUUGCAAUUGGCUAUUAUAUCUAUGUGACAUUCCUUGGAUACAGUGCAUUGCCCUUUCUGAAGAACACAGCUAUCCUUCUGUAUCCGUUUGCUCUUCUCAUUGUGCUCUAUUUGAUCUCAUUAGCAUGCGGAUGGAACUUCACCAAGAUGCUUUGUUCCUUUUAUAAGUACAGAGUGAAAUAAAAACAGGACUUCAUUUA